UGCACUCCGACCGCCAAGGAAGUUGGACCGUACUACAGAGCUCCGACAAACCUUCUUGUGUCUGUGACUGAAAAAACAGCGCUUCUGAUCUCCCUUAUGCUCGGCCUGGGCAGGUCGGUCCUUAGGGGCCUGAUGGGAUCACUCCCGCCUGCUCAGGCGUUCAGCAACGUCGGCUCUAUCCUCACCCCCGGCUUCAAGAAGACGGCAAUGGAAGCUGCAAUGUGGACGACGGGGACGGCCAUUUGUGCUAAAGCUCUUCAGAUGUAUCUUGAAGACAAGAAGAAGCAGAAGGCGCCGCGGUUGGAAACUCCACCACCACCACCUCCGCCGCUGAAGAAGUGCACAGAGCCGCAGACCGUCCACCACGUCGAAGCCUACUGGCUUGGGUUUACCGAGGGCUACAUCAGAGCAUUCGAGGUUUGAACGUCUGGGUUUAACAGAAGAAAAAUGACUUGGGAGGACAAAAACAACAAAAAAAAAAUCACCGUAAUAUCAUAUCAAUAUCAGAGCUAAAAGUCUUUGAAGGAGAAAUGUACUUUGUGAUCAGUAUUCAUACCAACAGCGAUAAACAAAUUAUGUCAAAGUUAGGAAAUAUUCAGUCUGAUAUAUUGUAACUCAUUUCAGAUCAUGUUUUAUUAUUUUUUAACAUACAAUGAUGGCUGUAAAAUUUCAGUUAAUAGUUUCAUUAUGCAAGACUGUAACAGUUUCCAGUAUGCUGUUUACCUGAAUGUUGAACCUGGUUAAUGUGCUACAUCUAGAUUUUGAAUCUUUACACAAAUCAGUGUUUGAUACACAUAUCAUUUUGUAAACAUCUCUGUCAGUAAUAUUGUUACAGUAUUUAUUACGGUUACCUUACCUGACUGUUAUAAUCACAUUUUUUGUUUCAAUGAUGGGACAGAGAACAUGUGCCAUUCAAAUAUUUGAUUUACUAGUCAGUAUAAAAAUUUGUCUGAUAACUUCUUCAACCCCCAAUCCCCCGUCCAGGCCCAUGCCAGGAGACCCCAGCAGACCGGACUGCUACCGGCAGUAGUCCGGUCUGCUU